AGAAUAGUAGCACUCGAUACUAAGCUGCUCCAGCCCACUUGUUUUACCCCACUUUCUCUGAGCCUGGCGGAGUAUGCUGGCGAGUUGUUGCGGCGCAAGAGCUAGGGCAUCUUACGGAGACUUGGAAUCGGGACGCGGGAUGGAUGAACUUUCGGUCAAGCUCCGGGAUGGUCAGCCCGGUACGCUGAGGUGUAAUACCAAGGUCGUCGAGCUGCUUGGAAGAGGGAAAUCGAUAGUCUCGACCCCGAUCAACAAGCUGCUCAACGUAGCUCUCGUGACCGAGUCAGACGACCAGCAUGGCACACCAACCACAACCGACCUCUCGCUCCGAAUAUCUUUCUUGGUGAAAGCCACACCGCAUCACAAGCUUGAUACCAGGGAACUGAUAAUACCACGGGAAGAUCGAGAAGAAGCAGAAAGAUGGAUCGAUCUGGCGAUGGGACGAGCAUAUGCUGGUACACCAAGGGCGAGAAAGGUCCGACUGUUGGUGAAUCCUAUCGGGGGCAAGGGGAACGCGAUGAGCCUGGUCAAUUCGUUAGCUCUACCGGUCUACAGAGCGGCGGGGUGUGAAGUGGAUGUGAUCGAGACUCGAUACGGGAAACAUGCAGAGGAGAUCGCACGCGAUAUGAAGUUGGAUUGUGACGUCCUGGCAGCAGCAUCAGGCGAUGGAAUCAUACACGAACUGAUCAACGGAUUGGCCAUCCGGAGCGAUGCCCAGCAAGCUCUCAAGAUUCCCGUGGUACCCAUCCCGACCGGGUCGGCAAACGGAAUGUCUAUCAACUUGCUCGGUCUUGAAGAAGGGUUCGACAUCCCCCUAGCCGUAUUGAACACGAUCAAGGGCCAGAUCAUGCCGCUGGAUAUCUGUUCUGUCACGCACGGCGACGCGAGGCGGUUCUCGUUCAUGAGCGUGGCGAUGGGUUUGAUGUGCGAUAUCGAUCUGGGUACGGAGCAUCUGCGAUGGUUAGGUGAUACCCGCUUCGUUUAUGGCUUUCUCAAAGGCAUCAUUUCGAACUCGUCGAUGCGAUGCAAGAUUCACAUCAAGGUCGCGACCGCCGACAAGGGGUUGAUGAUUCAACGUCUGAACGAGUCUCGACAAGCCCAAGCUCAUACUCGGCGGGACCAGCUGGAUGACCCCGAUCAGAUCCGCAAAGCCGCAAACGGCCACGAGGAGGAUUCGGACCCCUCCAUCCCUCCUGUACGGAUGCUGGAGCCUGACGAGACCUGGUUGAUCCUGGAGAGCGGGAAUCAAUACGCCAAGGUCGAGAAGAAGGACGGGCCUAGUCCCAGGUGGUCGUCGAACGGUUCUUGGGACGAGGGCGAAGGGAUGCUCUACGUCUAUACCGGUCUUCAACCAUACGUAGCCAGGGACCUCAUGCAGUUCCCGGUGUGUAUUCCUGGAGAAGGUCUUAUGGAUGUUGUGGUUCAGUCUCUGGUACCUCGGUCUGUGUUGGCUCAGUCGAUUUCAGGUGGGGCGGAGGGGAAGCAAUUUUAUCUGGAUUCGCAACACUACUACAAAGCCUCGGCUUAUGUGGUGGAACUCGAAGGCAAGAACAGCUUGGUCUCUGUCGAUGGGGAAGCUUUGCGAGGAACGAGAUUGUCGGUCGAGCUCUUGCCCAAGAUGGCCAGGACGCUCAGCCUUUACGGGACUUGGGCGCAAUCGACGUUUGGGAAAGCGGAACCGACGGGCUCGUAGGCAAAAACAAAAAGCCUUGAACCUGCUGCAAGAAUCAUUGAUGUUUUGAUCACGGACCUUAUGAACGUUUACGAUAGUGACCUCGGUAUAGAUUUGUAAUCGGGGUUCUCAUGUCUUUUCCAUAUCAGACGUCUCCAUGUCUCCGUGUAUCGACGAUGGAAUCCGCCAUCGAUGACGUAGGAUCGUAGGGUCGAGGUGGAGG